GUAACUGAUGGAAAAACACCUAUAGUUGGUCAUAAAAAUACUAAGUACACAAUAUCGUUAUCGACAGGGUUAAAAAGUAUGACCCUAUUGUAACAUUCUUUUCCAACCUUGAAAAUGUUUUUUUCCUUUGUUUCAUUUAAGUUUUUUUUAAACUAUAAUACAUUUUAUUACAUUGGAAGGUUAAGUUGCAUUUUUCAUUCAUAUCUUUGCAGUCGAUAACAUACUUUUUCUUAUCAUCAAAAAUGAUUUGAUAUUAAUGGUCAAGUUAUAUUAUCAAAAUGUUACAAAAUGCAACAUACAUUUAUGUUUCGAAAGAGGGUUGAUAGUUUUUUUUUUAUGUAUAAAAAAGACGUUUCGGACGAAAAGUCAAUCAUUAACUUUCUAACGCUAUGAAGAUUUUGUCGAUAUUUUUACUCUUUUCGGUUGCCUUUGUGGCUUCUGAAAAUCAACAUAAAAACCAAACUUUAUUACAUCCAAGACAUAUUCAACCAAAUAUUACUUUAAUACAUCGUGGACGAUCAUUUCUUGGCUCUCGAAUUGUUGGUGGACAAAAUGCUUUGAAAAAUCAAUUUCCCUAUCAAGUUGGACUUCAGAUUUAUUUAAGCGAUGAUGAUUCUUCGUUUUGUGGAGGAACUUUGAUUUCAAAACGUUCUGUUUUAACUGCUGCACAUUGCUGUGAAGGUGCUGCAAAAAUUACAGUUGUUUUAGGAGCAAUUCAAAUAUACAAUCAAACUGAACCAAAUAGAAAAGUAAUGACAGUUUCAGGACGAAGUAUUAAAGUGCACGAAAAUUGGCAAAGUGAUGAGUUAGUGAAUGAUGUUUGCCUUCUAAAACUACCAGAAGAAGUUGAACUUUCAGAGAGCAUCGCAAUAGCUGAUCUACCAAGAGAUGACUCAAGAGAUUUCUUCAAUGAAAAUGUUAUUGCUUCGGGAUGGGGACUUGCCAGUGAUGAUUCCAAUACAAUUAGCCCAGUUCUGAAAUAUGCCAAAAUGAAUGUUAUAAGGAAUUUUAUUUGCAAUUUGUACUUUUUUGGUUCGAUAAAAGACACAAACAUUUGUACAAGUGGCAAAAAUGGUAUUUCAACUUGUAAUGGUGAUUCUGGUGGUCCAAUAGUAUUGGAUAAAAGUCCUGAAAAGAAUACCACAGUUAUUGGUAUAACAUCGUUUGGAGCUGCUCUGGGAUGUGAAAAAGGUUGGCCUUCAGUUUAUACAAGAGUUACUAAAUACCUUGGUUGGAUAAAGAAAAAUAUGGUUUGAAAAGUAAAAAGA